CUUUGACGGUUGCACCGGGCAAGAUGGCGGAUCGCGAAGAAGCGUUGAGGGAGUUCGUGGCCGUGACCGGGGCCGAGGAGGAGCGGGCGCGCUUUUUCCUGGAGUCGGCGGGCGGGGAUCUGCAGGUAGGCCCGGCGGGAGAGGGAAAAAAAGUCCCCGGAGUCUCCGUGGCUUCCCUGGGGAGAGCGGGAAGAGCAGAUAACAACCUCAUUAGAUGGGAUGGCAAGUGGCACGUCCCUGAGAAACAAGCAAGUCAUCGUGGCAGGUUUGGCAUUGAAGAGAGCUUGACGGGGAAGGAAUCCGGCAUUGGCGGGCACCAGAUGCCACCCUUUGGAUCCUCACGGCAUCAUUUGCAAGGGGUUGUCCACGUAGUCCUGAAGCUGUGGAAAAGCGGAUUUAGCUUAGACAGUGGCGAGCUGAGGAGCUACCAAGAUCCCUCCAACUCUCAGUUCCUGGAGUCCAUCCGUCGGGGAGAAGUCCCCGCCGAGCUCCGUCGGUUGGCGCGUGGCGGGCAUGUCAACCUGGAUCUAGAGGACCACCGCGACGAGGAUUUCAUGAAGGCCAGGGGUACCUUCAAGGCUUUCACCGGAGAAGGCCAGAAGCUAGGCAGCACUUCCCCGCAAGUGAUGGGCGCCAGCUCACCUUCCCAGCAGGCGGAAAAUGAAGCCAAAGCCCGUUCCCUGAUCACCAUCGACGAGACGGAGCCCACCACCAACAUCCAGAUCCGGCUUGCAGACGGUGGGCGUCUCGUACAGAAAUUCAACCACAGUCACAGGAUCCGUGACAUUCGGCUGUUCAUUGUGGACGCCCGGCCGGCUAUGGCCGCCACGGGCUUCGUCCUCAUGACCACUUUCCCCAACAAGGAGCUCUCGGACGAGGACCAGACUCUGAAGGACGCCAACCUCCUCAACGCCGUCAUCGUCCAGCGGUUCGUAUAAUGGAUCCACCCUCCCGCCCGCCGGUCCACAUCGCCUCCCUCCCUCUCUCUCUCUCUCUCUUUGCGGCAUUC